CUCGGGAAUACGAAAAAUCGGCGCACGCUAGAUAGCGAGAGCGUCGAAACAGCUGACAGUCGCUGCUCGGAUUCCGCGGUGUCUGAUAAAUCCGCGCUGGGUGCCUCUGGCCUGCCGCCUUCCCCAAUGAUGACAAUAGAUACAGCGAAUUUAGCAACAUUUUCGGCAUUUCGCACGUAGACGGGCGCCGCAGCGGCGAUUUCGCGUCGAGUUUUAGUCAUAAGGCCGAGGGACAAUGGGCGAACGCGAGCGGAUAGCAAAGAAUCCCAUCAGGGUCGGUUUCUACGACAUCGAAAGGACCAUCGGCAAAGGGAAUUUCGCCGUGGUGAAACUCGCCAAACAUCGAAUCACCAAAACUGAGGUGGCUAUCAAAAUAAUCGAUAAGAGCCAGUUAGAUGCCGGUAACCUGCAGAAAGUCUAUAGGGAAGUCGAUAUCAUGAAGAGAUUAGACCAUCCUCACAUUAUCAAGCUCUACCAGGUAAUGGAAACCAAAAACAUGAUCUACUUGGUGUCUGAAUACGCCAGUCAAGGAGAAAUUUUUGAUUACAUAGCGAGGUACGGCAGAAUGUCGGAGGAUCAAUCGAGGAGCAAGUUCUGGCAAAUUAUAUCAGCUGUCGAGUACUGCCAUAAUCGUAAUAUAGUUCAUAGAGAUUUAAAGGCUGAAAAUCUUUUACUAGAUUCUAACAAUAAUAUUAAAAUAGCGGAUUUCGGAUUUUCGAAUUACUACACGGUGGGCGGUCAAUUAUCCACGUGGUGCGGCUCGCCGCCCUACGCCGCUCCCGAGGUGUUCGAAGGCAAGAAAUACGUCGGCCCGGAAAUUGAUAUAUGGAGCUUGGGAGUGGUCCUGUACGUUUUAGUAUGCGGAGCUCUACCCUUUGACGGAUGUUCCCUUCAGGCCCUACGGGAUAGGGUGCUGUCGGGGAGAUUUAGAAUUCCUUACUUCAUGAGUUCAGACUGCGAAUCUCUAAUAAGAAAAAUGCUCGUCUUGGAGCCGAACAAGAGGUACAGCAUACCGCAGAUAAAAAAGCACCGGUGGAUGCAAAUCGGCGCACCGGCCAAUCAACCGCGACCCGUUAACACGUCGAACGCCCAACCGAACGAGCAAAUUCUAAGGCUGAUGCAGAGUCUCGGUAUAGACGGUGUUAAAACUAGAGAGUCGAUUCGACUGGGCAGUUACGAUCACCACGCCGCCAUCUACUACCUUCUGUUGGACAAGCUGAGAAGCCAGCUGAUGGGCGGCGAGAACCAAACGGGAGCUAGAGAGGCGCAAAGGCGAAGGCCGUCGAACGUAGCCGAGCAGGCCAUGAGGAAGAUAUGCCGAGCCAGCACCACCGAGGACUGUCGAAGGUUGUUGCACAAUUCCGGCGCAGCGCCGACGGCCAGCAACAGCAAGAUAUGCACGAAGGCGGCCAGAACGUGCGACUCGCCGCCGUCGACGCACGGCAUCGACGCCGCCAAGUUACUGGCCGCCACCAACAGCGAGGAGGCGCUGAAGAUCCUGAACCAGGCCAGCACGAAGGCGACGUUCAACAUGUGCACCGAGGCCACCAAGCUCAUGUCCACGCUGCAAAUGUCCGCCGUGCCGCCCCCGUCGAUGGACUCGGCGAUUUUCAAGGAAUACAACCCGCAGCUGUCGUACCUACCCGGCGGCGGCUGCCUGCCCGCCUUCGACGCCACCGAUUCGGGAAGGUUCUCCACCAACUACAAAAGCGCCGAGAUCCACACGCAGUACUCCAGCUCGACCGACGAGGGCGUCGAGACCGACCUGGAGGACAACGCGCCGCGCUUCAGCUACACCUCGUCGAACUCCAGCAGCGGCGUCAUGACCAACUUCAACGCGUCGAAGAGCCUCAGCCAGAACCUGAGCUGCGACAGCAACUUCGCCAGCUUGGAGUACCCGCUGAGCGAGUCGAGCGAGCUGGCCAGCAGCCUGCCGAGCUGCACGAGCGCCGCCGGCGAGCCGCCCGAGCCCGUCGCGGCGUCCGUCAACGCGCUGGCGGCGCGGUACGCGCGCGGCUCGCCGCUCCAGCAGUACGAUCCGGCGGCGCCGUCCGGCUACCAGAGCGCCCGCGGCGCCGCCCGGUCGCCGGUGGAUUUCCGCGAGGGCCGCAGGGCCAGCGACGGGCUGGUGGCCCAGCAGGUCGCCGAUUCCGGCCGGGUGGUCGCUUUCAAUUCGCAGAAAUUCACCGAAAAAAGGAAAGCUAAAGGUGUUUUAGAUAUGCAUAUGGUUCAAAGAGAAACACAAAGACUGCAAACGCCCAAGUAUCCAAUACGAGAAGCUCCCGACGAGGUGUCGUCCAGGCAAAGCCAGUUCCUGCAACCGAGACCCAGCAAACGGAUCAGUUUGCCGGAUAAUUUCAACUACACCAACCCGUCGGUAGUGGAUACCAACGUUCAAUUACAAACUGCCAUGCAGCACAGGCUAUUGCAACAGAAACGUCAGAUACUGCAGAAGCAAUGCGCCAUGUCCCACCAGUCUAAUCCGGUGGCGAAUUUGGAAACCACCCAUUCAUUGUCGAGGAGGCAGAUGCUGCGCCAGGCCAGCUACAAGAUCGCCCAGCAACAGCCGGUUUUGCCGCCGCUACCGCUAUCGGAAAGCGAAAGUAAAGACCUGAUGGCCUUCCAAGCUCUGGUGGAAGGAUCCGGAGAGACCUGGAACGUUCCUAAUUGUCAAAUAGCCGAAUCGUCACUGCCGACGCCGUCUUGGCAAAAUACGAACGCCACGUGGAAUCAGGGAUCCCAAUUCACUUCCAAUCUUUCAGCAGUUUGGCCUCCAUUACUGCCACUACGCGAAAGUCCAAUAUUAGAAUUAACCGAGCAGAUGGAGUCGAUGUAAAGUCGUCUAUAACUUGUUAAAAAAUAACGAAGUUAUUGUUAUUAAUGCAAUGAUAUUUCUACUAAAUAUUCUUGCGAAUUUUGAGUUUUUGUUUAACUUAUAUAAAGCAAUAUGGGCGUUUUCUUAAGCUAUGUAAUCUCCAAUAAAACUCAUCGCUUACUGGUUAUUCGUCUACAAAACAUAGUUUAGGAAAGUUUACAUAUUGUAAGUAUGUAUAUCGAAAUUAUCAAACGUAAAUGGUGAUAUAUUUAAAGAUAUUAAAGUUAGCGUUGUUAGAUAUUUAAUUUUUUUUACGAAUCGUGUAACGUUAUCUUUGGGUUUCUAACCGUUUGGUUAAUUCGUUGAUGUCGCAUUGUAGACUAUUCGAUUAGCAGAAGAACAUAUUAUAGAAUUCGUAAUGAGUAUGUGGCUUUUGGUAGUUGAAACAAUACAAAUGUAAUGAGAAUUGUAACGAAACAUAAACAUUUAUACAUCCAACGUUCGAGAGACGUCGGUCUGAUACAUAUGGGCAAUAAUAAAAAAUAUUUAGUGAGUUUUAUACAAUAUGCAGCCAAUCAGUUUAUUUCGUAUUUAGGGGUUUUUACGAUGAAAUUCUGAUGAUAGAGCAGUAUUUCU